AUGCUCCAUCAGUUUGCCUACAAGUGGGAAGGCUGGUACACUGAGGGCAGCUAUAUCAAGGAGUAUCUUUAUAAUAUUCCUCAGUCUGCCACGGAUGAUCAGUGGGCAUUCCUCCAUGGCGUCACAACUGCAGAAGAAUUGUGCACGGACGUGGAGACAAUCUAUUCACUUUCAUACAACUACUUUGCAAUUGGCGAUCCCGACUACGCAGAUCGUGCUGAACUCACUGCCUUCAACGCUCUGCCCGCUGCCGUGCCUGCGGACUGGUAG